AUGACACAUCUAAUUCUUUCUAUAUAUUUCCUUCUUGCAACCCGAGAUGUUCGUCAUGUUUUCUUUAUUCCAAUUAUUGGUAUUGGUAUUAUCUUUUUGGAAAUAAUCAUAACUUCUUUGUUAAAAUUUCGUUAUCAAAACUCAUUUAUUUUAUUAUUUGUUUAUUCAGUUUGUAUUAUUUCAUCAAUAUGGUUUCUUGAAUUAUAUAGAAUAAAUUAUUUAGUUACGGCUGAAAAUCAACAAGCAAGUGUAGAAAUUUUUUCUGUUAUCUAUUAUGCUGCUCUUCCCAGUGAUAAUAGAUUCUUUUUAUAUAAGAAAUAUUUAUGGUCACAAAUUCAAAUCCAAGGUUAUGUGGUUUUGAUGGUUUUAUUGAAAGGUUUGUGUGAAAAAAAAGGUCAAAAGUUAGAUAUUAUAGUUAAAACAUGGGCAAGUGCACUGGAUACUCUCGACUUUAUUGAUCUUCUUAGUCAUCAACAAUUAUAUUCUGAUCGUGUUUUUGUCUAUAUUGCUCUUUCUGUUUGGUCGAUUAGUUGUUUUCAAUAUGUUGCGGAUGUGUCUAUCAUAAAAAAUAUAUUAUUAAAACACAAUUAUCAACGUUUAGCAUCUAUAAUGACAUAUUCAUUAUUAAGUGUAAUAAUUAUGGAUGUUCCACAUUUAAUUGUACGUCUUUAUGCUAUUAUUGGUGUUAGACAACAUGAUUAUACAAGUUAUUUUCUUGUUUUUAAAAAUAUUUUUAUAAUUAUAUUACAAAUAGCAGAUAUUUGGACAGUUUUUAGUAAAACUCCAAUGAAGAAGAAGAAAACAAAACCUACUUCUGUUUGA